AUGCCACCCCGAGAGAAAGUUCGUGAAAUUGAUUGUGCUGUGUCCGAGUUCGAGCUUGAGCCCGAGCUUGAGGCCGAUCUUGGGCCCAUUCCUGUUCCCAGACCCAUCAUAGACAUUGCAAAGUACACUCGUCGCAUCAUUCGCGAGUUCAUCGCUAUUACGCGCAAUCCGCUGGUAGGCUGCCAUGCGGAUAUCGUUAGGGGCGAUAUCCGGCACUGGGUGGCCACCAUUCUCGGACCCUCUGACACUCCCUACGCGGGUGGUCAGUUCCACUUGGAUAUACGCUUUUCAGAGGAAUACCCUUUUCUACCACCACGUGUGAUCUUCACCACGAAGAUUUAUCAUUGCAACGUGGACGAAUUUGGAAGUAUAACUCUGGAAAUCCUGGGUGAACAUUGGUCACCGGUCACGCGCAUUGAGCAUGUUUUUGUGGCCAUCCAAUUGCUGCUGGAGAAUCCCAAGCCGUACAGAUCGUUCGAUAGUAUCAUUAGCACAAUGUUAAUAAUCAAUCCAGAGGAGCACGACCGCCUGGCACGUGAGUGGACCGCUCUGUACGCCCAGCCUGCCAAUAUUAUUUAGAAUACAUAAAUACAUAUAGAUCCAUACAUACAUAUUAAUCGAACGCAGUAGAGCACACAAUUACAUAUAGCCACAGACGAACAAAUAUCAAAAUCCAUGUAAUACAUACCAAAUAUCCAAUAGAAAUAUGCACACAAAAACGUACAUGUCGGUCGAACUAAUUCAACAUUAAACGAUUGUUCAACAACCA